UAUAUAAAUCAGUUUCACAUACCUACUUACUUAUUACGUCGCAAAAAAAACAAUCGUUAUUAUUGAGAGUUUCUUUACAAUAGGAAUCGCAAUAGUUUGCAUACAGAGUGGUUAUAAUGUCUGUUAAUGUUUACUUUCCGUUUGGAGUACCAAUAAACAUUAAAUUCACACAGGACACACCUAUUUUACAGAUUCUUAAAGAAGCUUGUGGUAAACAAAAUCUUAAUCCAAGUGAAUACGAUUUAAAAUACCAUAAUAAAACCUUGGAUGUUAACAUGACAAUUCGUUAUGCUCGAAUUGCAAACAAUGGAAAGUUAGAUGUAGUUAAACGUAACAUACCAAGAGCAGUGUCAAAUGUGAGAAUUUGUGUUCAGUUGGAAAAUCGAGAAAGAAAGAAUGGUGAAUUUUCCCCAGAUGUAAAUAUACAAAAAGUUCUAAGUGACUUAAAAGUAGAGUACGAUGCAGAAACAGCUGUUAUUAUUUUUACACAAAAAGAGAUAUAUAGUAAAGAUUUUGAAACUGUAACAUUGUUGUCUUUGGGGCUGGGAGCGGGGUCGGCACUCCUUAGACUAUUCCACAGAGAUCCAGAAAGACCCCGGGAGCAGGCUCAUGUGUAUGUUCCCCCAACUCCAAAAGUUUCUAUAAUUGAAGAUGAUCGUGGGAGAACUGAGUCUGCUGUUGGUGAUGACAAAGACCGGGAACCUUCAGUUGCAAAACCCCUGAAGAAUCAUGCUUUUGAUCCUAUAUGUGCUAUCAGGGCAGAAAAAAUGGUUCCUCCAAAGGAGAGCCCUGAACAAGCAAAAAAAGUUGAACCAAGUCAAAGUGAAAAUGAAAAAAAUGCUAUAGAGCAUACUCGCUUAGAAAAUGUUAAUCAAUCGGAGAAAGUAGAGCCAAUGCAAAUUGAUACUCGGAAUGAAGAGAAUGCAACAUUGAUCGUUGAAGAACAGUCCACGCAAGAACCGCAAAUUUAUUAUCUGGAUGAAGAAAAACAAGCAUUACUGUUUAAUCAAGCGGGAGCCCAAGCUAUGCCUCAAGUAGAAAUUCCAGAUGACUUUUUCGACUUGACAGUUAAAGAUAUAAGGCUUUUGCACAUAGACAUGCAAAGAUUAAACGACCGACUGAAAGAAUCUCCCCUGAUGACUGAAAAACUGAGAAAUCUGGAAAAAGAAAAAAAUGUCUUGACAACAAUUCAUAAGUAUACAAAAGCUGUGAUAAGAAUUUAUUUUCCUAAUCAACUAGUGCUCCAAGGUAUCUUCAGGCCGUUGGAAUCGGUACAGGCAAUCAAAGAUUUUGUGAAAGCUUAUCUUGAACAUCCACAAACCGAUUUUGCACUUUAUACAACGCCGCCUCGUUACAAUUUGGAUUCAGGGAAAAGCUUGUUGGAUGAAAACUUGGUGCCUAGCGCCAAAAUUUAUUAUUCUGGUAGUUCUGACCUUAAGCCGGAAAUCAAAUCGAAAAUGACUGAUGCCUCUGCUGCCUCUUACGCAGCUACGAAAAUAAGACUGAAAACGAUGCGAAAUGAUGAUGCUUUAUUCGACGACUCAGCUGGUCCCAGCAAUACACCAGAAAGACAUCAGCCAAAACCUCAAAAAUCUAGCUCUGAUAAAAUACCAAAGUGGUUCAAGCCAUCAAAAACAUAAAUAUUCAAUCGACGCUUCAUACAGUUCCUCACAAUCAUUGCAGAAAAAAUGUAUAUUUCGUUGAAUAUCAGAAUGUUUCGUUUAUUGUGCGUUUUACGAUUCUU